AUGUCGUCGCACGUCGUCGUCAUCGCCACGGAUCUGAGGCGCACAACCGUCAAAGUCAGCCCGGGAACAUACCUGUCCGACGUCCUUGACGAAGCCUGCAAGAAGCUCGGCCUCGACAGCAACAAGUACCUAAUAAAACACAAGCAGAAGCAAGUCGACCUCUCCAUACCCUUCCGCACCUCGGGCCUCAUCGCCGGCGCCAAGCUCGAGCUCGUCCAAAAGUCCAAGACACCCUCGGCCGUCCAAAUCGCCCUCCAGCUGCCCCAGCCCGAAGCCAAAGAGAUUCCCGGCGGCCGGCUGAUCAACAAGUUCCCCUCGGACCUGUCAAUAUGGCAGGUGCUGCGGCAGUUUGAAAGCGGCGAGGCCAGCGCGGGCAAGAACAUCAACAUCACGGCCAGGGGCGUGGCCGAGACGGCCGGCGGCGGCAGCUCGGGCGCCGGGCAGCUGUACUAUGAAACUCCCGUUCUGAACAUCAUGGGCAGGGAGCUGGCGUCGUUGGCGGACUUUCAGAAGACGCUUUCGCAGCUGGGGCACAAUUCGGGCAACGUCCUGAUACGGCUGACAUUUAGGAGGACUGACCAGACGCUGUAUGAGGCGAUGGAGCAGAUUGGGGCCUUCUUCAAGGAGGAAGCGAGGGUCAAGGAAGAGGAGAAGAAGGAUGAAGAGAAGAAUGCGACGUCGGGCGUUGAGCAGGACGAGGCCCCGAAUCCACCCGCGGAUGCAGAUACACCCAUGGCCGAAGCUCCGUCAGAGCCCGUGGACAAGCCGACAGAAGCCCAGCAACAAAGCGAUGCUUUGGCUCAAGCCACACAAGAUGCGACCACCACAAGUUCACUACAAAGCGACAGCCAACAAACACAGCAGGAAACGAACAACUCUGCACCAAAGUCCCGCUUCUCGCCAGUCAGCGUCUUCCUGGCACCCACAAACUCGACUCCCGCCGCAGCUCUGGUUCCGGCCGACGAGGACGACUUCACGCCCACCAUCGCCCACGCUCAGCUGCACCAAGCCCGGCUGCAGGAGAGCUCCCGCAACAAGCGGCUCCUGUCCGACAAGGAAAUCGAGGAGAGAGAGGCUGCCGAGCAGGCCAAGAUUGCGGCCGUCAAGUCUGUGCUCAUCAAGGUGCGGUUCCCGGACAACACCAGCAGCGACUGGGAAGUCGGUCCGGCAGAUACCGGCGCCUUCUUGUAUCAAGCGGUGCGGCAUGUCAUGGCCGACAGCGAGCAGCCCUUUCAUCUGGUCAUUCCGGGCAGCAAGACGGUCAUUAAAGACGACGAUGCGCCCCAGCAUAGUCUGAUCAGGGCGUAUAAGCUUUCCGGGAGGGUGCUCGUCAGUCUGGUGUGGGACGAUGGUGUGCCGGCCGAUGUGAGGAAACGGCCUUUUUUGAAGGCGGACUUUGCGCAGCAGGGGCAGGCUAUCAAGGUGCCCGAGAUACCGACGGUGGAGGAGGACCAGGAUGCGCCGAGCGUGGUGCCGCAGGUGCAGAAGGCGCCGGAGAAGAGGGAUGGCGGAGAGGGUUCUGGGAAGAAGAUGCCAAAGUGGCUCAAGCUGGGCAAGAAGUAA